ACAUUUGAACAAUUGCGCCAAAAGUUCAUACUCUUGACUAAUCUGUGAUGUUGGUGCACGAAUCGCAUGAGAGAUUUCGGUAUAUGCACAGCAGCGAUUACUUAAGUAGUAAUUGUCAUGGAUUACUAAAUAAUCGUGGCGGUUAUCGCUGGAAACAAUGAAAAAAUGGUAGGCGGAUUCAUAAGAAUGGCAUUGUAAUUGGAUGUUGAAUGUCAUUGUGCCUCGAGAUUUGUACGAUAAGACCGCUUUGACUGGAACCAUGGGGGAUGAAAAGCAAGUCUCUAGCACAACGUUUGACACAGAUGCGAAUCAGGAUGAACUUAUCAUGCAGCAGCAAAGGAGAAUAGAGAAGGAGAUUUCUGAAACGACUGCAUUGGUUGGUGAUUUGGAAGGACUUGGAAUGCUUGAAGAUGAAUACGCAGGAGAUGAUGUCUAUUGCCAGAAAGUACAUGACUUGGCAGGGAAAUACAAGAGCAUGCGCCGGACCAGACCUGAUGGCAACUGCUUCUUCCGUGCCUUUAGUUAUGCAUACUUGGAACAACUUCUUGAAGAUCGUGAAGAAUACGAGCGAUUCCGUGAUUUGGCAGCUAAGAGCAAAAACAGCUUAGUAGAGUUGGGAUUUCCACAGUUCACUGUCGAGGAUUUCCAUGAUAUAUUUAUGGAGGUGAUAGAUCAUGUUGGAAAAGGACCUACAUUUUUUUCACAGAAGGAGUUACAUAAGAUGUUUAACGAUCAGGGUUACUCUGAUUAUAUCGUUGUGUACCUGCGUCUCAUAACAUCUGGACAGCUUCAGCGUGAUUCCGAGUUCUACCAACAUUUUAUCGAAGGAGAUCGUUCUGUUGCAGACUUCUGCCAUCAGGAGGUGGAGCCAAUGUAUAAAGAAAGUGAUCACAUCCACAUCAUAGCCCUGAGUGCAGCUUUGAAUGUUGGAGUUCGGGUGCGAUACAUGGAUCGAGGAGAAGCAUCCGAAGUGAUAGCACAUGACUUCCCAGAGGGGAUCCACCCAGCUGUCCACCUCCUUUAUCGACCAGGCCACUAUGACAUCCUUUACCCAUGAUCCUCAAUAAAUAAAUAUUAUCUGUAUCUGUGUGUGAUGUAUUUCACUGCAAGCCAACCCACGAGUGACUGAGAGUUAAUACCAACAUCUGUCUUUGAACUCAUCUUUGCAUUUAAUUUAUAAUAAUGAUAUAGAUUUGUAACUUUUAAGUGACUGCAGUGUGUCAGAACAAAUGUGGGUCGUGUCUCCGUAACGAGAAUGUUAGUGCAUCUUUCUGAUUGCUGUUCCUCUCAUAACUAGUUAGACUUAAGUGUACAAUUAGUUGAGACCCAUUUUCUGUACUGCUUAUUAAAAAAAUUGGUACAAGCUAAUACUAGAUGAUUUUGAAGUUUUUCUUAGUUUUGACUGCUGUUUUCAGUUAAACCUUAUUGUCAUUUUCACAUAUGCGAAGUAUCCAUGCAGGUGAUUGUUACAUGCUGGAUCUGUUUCUUGCCGUUGUUGAAUCUUGAAUGUUAUGUAGUUCUUGUGUACUUUCAUAAACCCUGAACAAAACUAGGAGAUGCAGGAUUUCUUCAUAGUUAUCUCAGUACUUUCAAUGCUGGGUAUCAGCCAGCUAUACAAGCCAACAGAUACACCAUUGAUAAGAAGAAACAGCUCUUUCAGAAAAAUGUAAGAACUUGGAACAUACUUCAAGAGGGGGCAGGAUAGCUCAGUUCACAUAGUAACUGGGCUAUGGG